AUGGAGUGGACGCUGUGGCACUUGGACAACGAGUCACAUCGUCAGCAAAAGAUGUUGUAUGUGAUCAAGGUACUUGACUUGAACGGUAUGGGAUCAGAUGGCCGUAAGGUCCCUAUCUUCGUUCCAAAAAUGAAAGAGUUCUUGAUUGGAAUGAUGCAGUCGAUGCAGCACCCAUAUUGCGAACACGAUGCCUGCUUCAUUAUGCUCAAUGCACCGUUUGUGUUUCGCCUGGUGUGGGGUGUAUUCUCGCUGAUGAUGACUGCUAAGCAGAAGAGCAAGGUGAUCAUGCUGGGGAGCACGUCCGACAAGAAGGCGCUGGACCGGCUGCUGCAGCUGGUCCCUGCAAGCAUGCUCCCACAGGAACUCGGCGGCGAGCGCCGGGGCCUGCAGAACCUGUAUCCGCCAGCUCCCGCGAGCGAGAUUCCGGAGUGGAUCUCCAGGAUGCGUUCCAUACAGAUGUGGCCUCCGUCUCCGCUGCCCGCCGCCGUGCUCCACCCGGGCGGCCCCGGGGCCGGGGCCGAGGGCGAGCCCGGGGCCGCCGUGCCACCGCCCGCCGCGCUCGCCGCGGAGGCAGCAGAGGGAGGUGCAGAGAUGCCUGCGUCAGCUGCCAGGGCGCCCACCGACUGCUCCACGCUCGCCGUGGCGGGGGACAACUCCAGAGCGUCGGGGAGGGCGACCACUGCGUCGACUGCGAGGGCGCCCACCGAUUGCUCCACGCUCGCCGUGGCGGGGGACGCGAGAGCGGCCACCGACUGCUCCACGCUCGCCGUGGCGGGGUGCGUCGGUGCCUCCGUCUCGGCCCGGGCGGGGGAGUCCGAGGCAGCGGAGGCGGCGGAGAGCUUGUCCGCUUGGGUCCUGCAGGACGUGCUGCGCCUGAACCCGGAGCUCGCCAGGAACAAGGCCAUCGCCGCGGAGGAGCGGCGCUCCGUGAGCGUCGUGUCCAUGGCCGACAGCGGGCAGGCGUUCCAGAAGGAGGACAUGCUGCGGAGCCGUGGCCUCAACGUGCAGGUGGUCUCGGAGGCUGGACUGCCGUGCGAGCGGAGCAGGCCACCGCAGUGCUCUACGUACAGCGAGCUCUUCCAGAAGUGUCUGCGCGGCACUGCGGAGAUCAUGCCUAGGGGGCCGCCGCCGGCAAUCAUUCCGCCCAGCGGCAAGUCCAGGAGGCUGAAGAUGCAGGGCAAGGAGGCCGCCGAGAGGCGGAACCCGGCCCAGCACGGCGGAACAGGCGACCUGAAGAGGAUAGUUGAGAAGCAGAUGGACUUGAACCACCUGGUGAGCGUGAGGCGCAGCCUGAUGGCUGCUCCGGAGGAUCCUCCAGAGCUGGAGAGGCAGCAGAGCCGCCUGUCCGACCUCGUGGUGAUGGUCGCCGAGAAGGCGAAGGGCGACGGCCUGAUCUCGUCGAUGAUCUCGGAGGCUCCGACGAGGCGCGGCUCAGUGGACGCAG